AGUCAGGCGCGGCUGCGGGCUCCGCCCUGCUCCGCCCCGCUCCGCCUGGGCUCGGGGGAAAGGCGGCCGCGGGGCCAUGCCGUGCCCCUCUCGGCGAGGGCGGGAGAGCGUGGCAGGCUGCGGGGCAGGCAGAGAGCGAAAUGUCAGCGGACUCACACCAGGAACGGCUGUCCCAGCCAGAUCCAUCUCCAUCACCAAAGUCUUGCAGUUCCUUUGAGCUAAUAGACAUGGAUGCUGGCAGUUUGUAUGAACCAGUUUCUCCUCAUUGGUUCUAUUGUAAGAUUAUAGAUUCUAAGGAGACAUGGAUUCCUUUCAACUCUGAGGAUUCACAGCAGCUGGAAGAGGCAUAUGGCUCUGGAAAAGAUUGCAAUGAGAGAGUAGUCCCCACUGAUGGGGGCAGAUAUGAUGUACAUUUGGGGGAGAGGAUGCGGUAUGCGGUAUACUGGGAGGAGCUAGCCUCAGAAGUGAGGCGAUGUACCUGGUUUAACAAAGGAGACAAAGAUAAUAAGUAUAUUCCUUACUCGGAGAGCUUCAGCCAAGUAUUAGAGGAGACUUACAUGCUUGCUGUAACUCUGGAUGAGUGGAAAAAGAAACUGGAGUCUCCCAACAGAGAAAUCAUUAUAUUACACAAUCCAAAGCUGAUGGUGCAUUACCAGCCAGUUGCGGGGUCCGAUGAAUGGGGCUCAACACCCACCGAGCAGGGUCGACCAAGAACAGUGAAGAGGGGGGUUGAGAACAUCUCUGUUGACAUUCACUGUGGGGAGCCUUUACAAAUAGACCACUUGGUUUUUGUAGUCCACGGGAUCGGACCAGCUUGUGAUCUCCGCUUCCGAAGCAUUGUACAGUGCGUUAAUGAUUUUCGCAGUGUUUCCUUGAACCUGCUACAGACACAUUUUAAGAAAGCCCAAGAAAAUCAGCAAAUUGGGAGGGUAGAAUUUCUUCCAGUCAACUGGCACAGUCCUUUGCAUUCUACUGGCGUGGAUGUAGAUCUGCAGCGGAUAACACUGCCCAGCAUUAACCGCCUAAGACACUUCACCAACGACACAAUUCUGGACGUCUUCUUCUAUAAUAGCCCCACCUACUGUCAGACAAUUGUGGACACAGUUGCUUCUGAAAUGAAUAGAAUAUACACACUUUUUCUGCAGAGGAACCCUGAUUUCAAAGGGGGUGUAUCCAUUGCCGGUCAUAGUCUAGGUUCGCUUAUAUUGUUUGAUAUCCUAACCAAUCAGAAAGAUUCUUUGGGGGAUAUUUACAGUGAAAAGGAUUCACCAGAUACUGUCAUGGAUCGAGGAGAUACACUGACACUAGAGGAAGAUUUGAAGAAACUUCAACUCUCUGAAUUCUUUAAUAUCUUUGAGAAGGAGAAAGUAGAUAAAGAAUCGCUGGCUUUAUGUACAGACAAAGAUCUUCAGGAAAUGGGAAUUCCCUUAGGACCAAGAAAGAAGAUACUAAACUACUGGAGGACCCGAGAAAAUUCAAUGGGUAUUUGUAGACCAACCCCACCGUCAGCCUCAGGGGUAAAUACAUCCAACAUCUCCAAAGAAUCGGGGUUCUGCAGUACGGAAACUGGACGUGCUGAUGGCCUGGAUGUCGGUAUUGGGCAGGUGUCUGUAAAGUACCCCCGGCUCAUCUAUAAACCAGAAAUAUUCUUUGCCUUUGGAUCGCCCAUUGGAAUGUUCCUCACAGUCCGAGGACUGAAAAGAAUUGACCCAAACUACAAAUUUCCAACAUGCAAAGGUUUCUUCAAUAUUUAUCACCCUUUUGACCCUGUGGCCUAUAGGAUUGAACCAAUGGUGGUCCCAGGAGUGGAAUUUGAGCCAAUGCUGAUCCCGCAUCAUAAGGGCAGGAAGCGGAUGCACUUAGAGCUGAGAGAGGGUUUGACCAGGAUGAGUAUGGACCUCAAGAACAACUUGCUAGGUUCACUGCGGAUGGCCUGGAAGUCUUUCACCAGAGCUCCUUACCCUGCCUUACAAGCUUCAGAGCCUGCAGAGGAAACUGAAGCAGACCCUGAAUCGAGUUCAGAGAAGCCCAGUGUUCUCCCAUAUCCAGAUGCGAACACAGAAGAGGCCUCUGGGGCAGUUAACGAAGAAGUCCCACCCAUCAGCGUGGGAAUGCUGAACGGGGGCCAACGCAUAGACUAUGUGCUACAGGAGAAGCCCAUCGAAAGUUUUAAUGAGUAUUUAUUUGCUUUACAAAGCCAUCUGUGCUACUGGGAGUCUGAAGAUACAGUAUUGCUGGUCCUCAAAGAAAUCUACCAAACCCAGGGUAUCUUCCUUGAUCAGCCUUUACAGUAAAAAUGACCAUCUCUGGCUGCUGAGUAUGGACGGUGAAGGUCCCUCCCCAGGAAAUCCACCCAUUUGUGCUGCACUUUUUCUGUCCUCCGCUGCAUCAUUUCCUGCAUGUUGCCUGCACUUACUCACCACUGGGGUCUUUGGAAGUGAGCGGAAAACCAAAGGGAAGAGCCCGCGACGCCUAUCGCUGGCUUCAUGGGGACGCUUGCCAGGCUGCUUCAUAGUGGAUGUGGUUUGCAUCUUUAAUUCCUCAAAGAUAGUGUGUCGGUGCCACACUUCAUUGCUUCCUACUUGAGGUGGUAUAAAGUCUGCUUUGAGUUUGAUUUGGGUCUGAGUUUUUCUAGUAAAUGUUUUAGUUUAGAAGCAGCCUCCUGAAGUUCAGAAGGCAGUUGGGGGUACAGCAGGCUUAACUCCUGGUGGUGGUGCCUGCAUCUGAAGCCUAAGUGGAUAUGGAAGAUCGCUGGGUAGCCAGGUUGCUUUGAGUCAGCUUUUCUUUCCUGCCAGUACUGUGUGCAGACAGACUGCAAUAUAGCUUAAAGAGAAUCUUGUUCUCUCUCUUUACAGCUGACAGAUUCACUGCUUAGAAUUACUGAUGCUGUUGUUUUUACAGCUGUUUGAGCUGCUCAAAGAGUCUCAAGUAGGCAGUCUAGUUCAUAUUAGGUGCCUCUUUAUAAAGCAAAGGUGUUACAUAUCCUAGACCUGUCCUUUCAUAUCAUACUUCAGCUCAGAGACUUUAGAUGCAGGCUGAUUUAAGUCACUUGAAAGCAGCUUCUGUUCUUAAGUUGAGGGUAGUUAUAAGAGCUGACAGACCUUGACAGGCUGCUUCGGUUAUAAAUGAUCUUUUAGUGGUACAAUUAGAGAAGCUGUGUAAGUCACUUGCUGCCUCUCCCAAGCGUGUUCUUGUUAGAUGCAUUUUGUAAACAUUGCUGCUUCCGCAGGUCCCGCGCGUCCCGAGCGCUCAAGGCCCAGGCAGCGGGCUGGGGUGGGGGUAGCAGGUAGGUUGGCCAUGGGGGAAGUGCCUCUUAUGCUGAAAGAGAAAGGGUGACCGUAGACUAGUUUCUUCCAGGGCAUCUGCUCAGCACUAUGCUGUGCGUCUCCCCUGCUCACUGAUAGCAGUGUCUCCACAGUUCCCGUGGGGUGGUCCUGGUGCACCUCAGCUGGCUGCAGGCCUGUGUGUGCCAAGUGGCACGGGCAGGCAAGCUGGUUUUUAUAAAUGAUUUUUGUGAAUGCAUCAUGGUGUCCAAGGCCCUAGCAUUUAACAUUCAUUUAAGCCAUCUCCUUGGCAGCUGUGGGUUUUUCCCUUGAGCCUGGCCUUUCCUUGUCUAUCUGCUGAUGCCGCAGCCAGUAGGCUUCGGACAGAUGGGACACUCCACAUAUGCUCAGAUUAACGUGAGUGUCCUGAGGAUCAGCAUUCGGUGCGUCUUAAAGGGGAGCUUUUGUCAGGCUGCUGUCUUCAAAUUUAAGUGUGCUCCUCACGAGCAGGGUACGUGCUCCGUCAGGGGAAACCAAAGGACGAGCAGGAGUGGGUCCUGUUGACCAAAGACGGGCAGCGCCAGCCUGGACCGCCAGAGGAGCCACCGUAUGUGCCAAGAAAUGUUUCUUUCCUGGUGGGUAGGGGCAGGCAACUAAGAGAGUUGGGCUGCUUGUGUCCCGCCUGUGGUGGUGUCAUGGCUGGACAUUGCCCAGGUGACAGGCCUGACUGAAAACCUUCCCUCAGUUGUGUGUCACUUGCACUACUUCCAUUGUGUACUGUGUAUGAUCUCCUGACCAAGCCCAUUUUUAAACUCUGGUAGAUAUCAUUUUAUACGUGUUCCCAGCUACAGAAUUGGUUUAUCUCAGCAAGAGAGACUGCAUGGAAAGAUUAAUAGCAUUGAUUAGCCUUCUAAUAUUUUGCACUUUUUGAAAUGUUUGUUUUUUUAUGAGAUACAUUUAAAACUUUAGUAAAUACUGAAAUAAAACCAUAUUGACCAGUU